GCCGCCAUGCUGCACCGCAAGAUCUGGGUCAAGCGGCCCAAUGCCUCGGCCACGCUCGUGCAGAUUGGCGAGGACGACCUGGUCGACGACGUGCGCGACAUGAUCCUGCGCAAGUACGCCAACUCGCUCGGCCGCAGCUUUGACUCGCCAGACGUCACGCUGCGCAUCGCCCCGCGCGAUGCCGGCCAGGGCCAGGAGCGCACCCUGGGGCCUGAGGAGGACAUGUGCAGGACGCUCGACGCCUACUACCCCGGCGGCCAGAACGUCAACGAGGCCCUCAUCAUCGACGUCCCCGUACGUCGCACCCCAAAGCCUUCACCGCGAGUGCCCCUCUACUACGCCCAUCACGACGAUGCUCAACAUACCCAGACCGAGUACUUCCCGCCCAUGCCCGCCGCCCAGCCUUCGCCUGCGGCGAUUGCACACGGUGCACCUCACCCUGUCCACUCGAUAGCCAUCCUCACCAACGGCGGACAGCUGCCGGCCCUGCCCUCCCCCAGCGGCGCUACAACACGGCGCGUUCAUCACGGCAGCCGGCCCAAGUACCCGCGGCAUAACACUGCCUCGCCCACUACAUUGGCCGGUGGCAUUCCCUCCUCUGCUACCAGCGUCCGUCCCCCCAACCGGCCCCGCCACGACUCCUCUGCUUCGACCGACAAGCACUCACAGCCCUCGAAUCAACCUAUACCGACUCCUCCUGCCCCCACCGACCCUCCUGUACGCAUACAACACGACACCCCUCCCACUCUCCGCCCUGCGUCACCCCGCCCAGAUAAGAAGAGGAGGAGGAAGCCAGCACCAGCAGAGCUACCGAGUCUGCCUGCAGGGCUGCUAGAUGGCUCAGUGCCUCCAAUCAAUGUGCUGAUUGUCGAAGACAACAUCAUCAACUUGCGUGUCUUGGGUGCUUUCAUGCAAAGAUUGAAGGUUCGAUGGCAGCGGGCCAUGAACGGAAAGGAAGCUGUGACAAAGUGGAAGGCCGGUGGUUUCCAUUUGGUACUCAUGGAUAUCCAGCUGCCCGUCAUGAACGGUCUGGAGGCGACCAAGGAGAUCAGAAGACUAGAGCGUGUCAACAGCAUCGGUGUGUUCAGCAGCGGCAGCAGCGAGGCGCCCAACACAAGGCUAGGACAACAGAACGGCUCAGAUGCUGAGCUGGUAGAUGACGACAAGCUGGGCGAUAGGAGCCUCUUCAAGAGCCCCGUCAUUAUCGUGGCGCUUACAGCUAGUUCGUUGCAGAGCGACAGGCACGAGGCUUUGGCAGCUGGCUGUAACGAUUUCCUGACAAAGCCCGUCAACUUCGUCUGGCUCGAGCGCAAAGUUAAGGAGUGGGGCUGCAUGCAAGCCUUGAUUGACUUUGACGGAUGGCGAAAGUGGAAGGACUUUGCAAAGGACUCCGACAGCGCCAAAGAUAAGGAU